CGGGCGUUGGCGGGGCGCUCGUGGCCUGGCCUGGAUGCCCUCAUCCAGCCGGGGCCGGACGGGGACACCUGCAUGCCGCUCCCCAGCCUAAGCAGGGAUCCGCGACAUGGAGGGGAACCGAAUGCUGCGUGGCUGUCCUGAAGAGAAGAACCGUCCCACUUCCAGAAAAGGGACAGCUGAAGGUGAUUUGAAGGCAUUUUGGACACAACUGGAAAGUAGAAGAGUGGAUCUCAUAUUUGAGCAGGUGCAAGAAGUACUGCUGCUGCUAAAGGAGAAGAUCAAGAAUGGAACUGCCACAAAUCAAGAAUGCUGGCAGGCUUGGACACUGGUAAACGAAGCUGAUCUGGGUGAUCUUUUAACGUUGACAAAUGUAAAUGAUGUUCUUGAUGAAGGGGAUACAAAGGAACCCAAACCUAAAUCACAGCAUCCUGUUAGAGAUGACAACAGUGGAAAUUCUGUGGAGGGUUCGCACAGCAAAAAGGAGAAGAUUGAAAAAUCAGACUCAGGGAGUGAGGAAACAUCGAGUGAAAUUCAACGUGCACCUUUGAAUCGCCGGUAUCGGAUCCACAAGUGCUCCAGUGCGUGUCUCUCCAACAGAGCAGUGAGCUCCUACAAGGGUGAAAAUCCUCUGAAGAUACCAAUACUGUUUCACUUUCAGAGACGCCAUGCGAAAGCAGACUGCCUUUCAAAGUCACUGGAUGUGCAUUACAAAGCUCCCUGUGGCAGGAGUCUGAGAAGUUUUCAAGAUGUUCAGAAUUAUUUGUUUGAGACAAAAUGUGAUUUCUUAUUUAUUGAUCACUUCUCUUUCAACACAUACGUCCUGUUGGGCAGGAACAUUGUAAAUCCAGAACCCCUCGUGUUUGAUCUUGAUAUUAGCAAUGGAGCUGAAUCUGUGCCUAUUUCCUUCUCUAAUGACAUUGAUCGUGCCAGGUUACCUUAUUUCAAAUACCGGAGGGCAUCGUGGCCUCGUGGAUAUUAUCUCAACAAUUUAUCCAGCAUGUUUCUUGAUUCAUGUGACUGCACGGAUGGCUGCAUUGAUAGGUCCAAGUGUGCAUGUCUGCAGCUAACUGCAAGAGGCUGCCGUAGUAAAGUUUCUCUGUCUCCUAAUACCAAAACGUCUCGUGGAUACAGUUACAAAAGACUGGAAGGGCCUGUUCCUAGUGGAAUUUAUGAGUGUAGCGUGUCGUGCAGAUGUGACAAGAUGAUGUGUCAGAACAGAGUUGUGCAGCAUGGCAUUCAAGUUCGGUUGCAGGUGUUCAACACAGAGAAGAAGGGUUGGGGCGUCCGCUGCCUGGAUGAUAUCGACAAGGGGACGUUUGUUUGUACUUACUCAGGCAGGUUAAUGAGCAGAGCUGAAGUUCAAGAGUUGGGAGGUGCUGAUCAAGACUCGAAAGAGGAGAGUGCUGUGAAUGACAGAGGGCAAAGCUUUCUUUCCAAAAAAAGAAAACUGGACUCUAGCUGUUCAGACUCCGAGAUUGAACUCGUGCACACUGGCAAAGAGGAUAUUCUUGAGCAGCAGGAGCCACCUGGUGAUAAUGAAAGUGAAUCAGCUCUAAUUCAUCCAAGGAAUUUGAAUACUGCAGCUGUGAGAAGGCUUGGAACUAGAAUAGCUGUUGUGGAUAAUCACCAGCUAAAAAUGGAGGUUGAUACUCUGGUGCACAGUGCCAGCUCAGAUGAAGAUAAUGUUUCUCAGCCUCAGCAUUCAAGCAAAACAGAACUGACCAGUGGAACAAACAAAGAAAAAGAAAGAUCCAUCCAGAAGCAGAAGGAAGAAGAUCUGGUGGAAGUUGGACAGACGGAGCCUGCAGAAAUGGGCAGUGCAGAAUGCAAAAGGAAGAGUCUGUCUCUGAAGGGUGUUGCCUGUGGCAGAUUGGAUGUGCUGAAUGAUAAAUGCGUUGUGAAGCCAUCCACACCACAGAAAGCUAACUGCAACGAGGAAGCUCACAGACAGUCAAAGCAAGGCAUAUUUUGUGUGGAUGCAGAUGGUGACAGGACGUUUCUGAAGAAUGCUAAUGAUGAAAAUAUCUAUGUACUAGAUGCCACAAAAGAAGGAAAUGUGGGUCGCUUUCUUAAUCACAGCUGCUGCCCCAAUCUCUUUGCACAGAGUGUGUUUGUGGAGACUCACAACAGAAGUUUCCCAUGGGUUGCUUUCUUCACAAACAGGCAUGUGAAAGCUGGAACUGAACUCACGUGGGAUUAUGGAUACGAAGUUGGAAGUAUGCCAGAGACAGAGAUUUCCUGUUGGUGUGGAGUUCAGAAAUGCAGGAAGAAAACCCGGCGGUUCGGGUUCGAGCCCCAAGCGAGAUUCGAACCCCCGACCCCAGCUCUACCGCACCUAAAGGCGCGGGGAUGGGCCGAGAGCCUCUCCUUUACCACGCGACCCUCCCGCCUCCAAUCCCCGCCCGCUUCCGUACAGCAGCCAAUCGGCCGCUCGAAGCCCCAGCCCGUCGCCCCGGGCUGUUACUGGGCAUGCUUCGCUGUGCGCCGGGCCCCGCCCGCUUCUGCGCGCUCCUCCCCCGCGUGGAAGUGCGGCGCCGUGCAGGCCGGGCCCGGGGGUGGCGGUGGACGGGAGCGGGCGGCCCGCGCACCAGGAUUCCUCCUCAGAGCCUGUAAGGACAGCUGGGACUGCAGCCUCCAUCUUCAGCAUCUUGCCAAAUUCCCAGGGCACCCAGAGACGCCUCAUCCAACUGGGAGGACCAGGGCCUAUGCAUCUGCAGCGAUUUCAGGUGUUAACUUGCUAGCUCAGGGCUGUCGGCGGCGACGUCUCAGACAUUUGGUGCAUCUCACCUCAUGGGAGUGGGAAACUGAAGAUUUCUGCUGUGGACUUGAAGGGAAAACCACAAAUCUUCCUGUUCCAGGUGCUCUCCAGACGAUGGCCAAAAUGGUGAGAAGGACGUGUGCCUUCUGUUCGGAAGGGGAGGCUGCUUCUAUAAUGUACGUUGCCAAAGAGCAAAAUAUUGCAGCUCAUCAGAGUUGUUUGUUAUUUUCCUCUGGAUUUGUGGAAUCUGAAGAGUAUAACCCAGAAAAUCUGGAUUUAAGGUUUGAUGUGGAAUCCGUGUUGAAUGAAUUCAAGAGAGGAAAGCGACUGGUGUGCAAUUUCUGUCGCAAGAAAGGAGCCACAGUGGGAUGUGAGGAGAGAGCCUGCCGCAGGAGCUACCACUACUUCUGUGCCUUGUGUGAUGAUGCAGCCACAGAAACAGAUGAAGUAAAUGGAGUCUACCGAGUGUUCUGCUCAAAACAUGACCCAGGCAACAGGACCAAUCACUACGAUGCAGCCAAUAAGAGGAAAAGACAUGCAUCGAAAUCUUCCACCACCACGGAACAAAUGAGGGCAGAAGAGACGGCAGAAGAAAACAGAUUACGGAUAUUAAGAAGGAAAAGCAGCAGACACAAAGUCCGAAUCGACUUUCUCAGGAAAUGCAAGCAAGCAGGGCUUCUGGAUGACAUAUUUGAAGAAAUGUUGGACACCCUUCACUUGGCACAGGAAAAGCUGAUGGAUGACAACACUUCAGAGACAGAGUAUGAGGAGACAGUAAUAUCGCUUUUUGACUGUGGACUGUUUGAGAACAUACUGACAAAUAUUCAUUCAGGGACUGAGGAAAAAAUUCAAGAACUGCUGGAAAGCAGGAAAAGACUGGAUAACCAGAUUGAGCUACUGCAGGAGUUAAAAGAAGUUUCCCUGCCCUCCCAAGAGAGUACUGCCAGUACAUCCAGUACAGUGUCUGAAUAACCCCACGGCUGUCGGUCAUGGUGUCAAUACUCCACGUUUUCUGAUGAUAGGAACCAUAUAGAGCACAUCUGGUCAGUGUGUGACUUCCUUUCCCCCAGGCUAGGGCCACAAGCAAAGACUGGAUGUUUUUACUCAUUUUUAUACCUCACUGUUGCAGUAACUUGAAGUUGUUACUCUUUAAAUUUUACUGUGGAUAAUUGUAUUAUACUUCAGCUGUAGUUUUUUAAAGCUGAAUAAAACCCUCCCCGAGGACUUUUUCCUUCAAAGACAAAGGACUAUCAUCAGCUGCCACUGAAAGCUUUUUCAAGUCACUUUAAUUGCAGCAGCCUCUCCUGCCUGUGUGAAGUGGCCACUUCCCUGUCUGCAUCUACACGGUGUUGUUUUAAGGACCACAGUGCUGCCCUGGCUUUCCAAAGAUCAACUAGCAGGACUUGCACUGAGAGAAGUCAUUGGAAUUGUAAGCUGGAGGUUUUUAAAGUGUUUUUUGAUUGAUAUUAGGUCUGCUGUAGCAGCAGUGCUAGAGUGAUGGCUGCAGGCAGACCAGAAGUGGUGAGGUACUACACUCCAAUCUAUGUGUACAGUAUAGAAUGGAUCAGACAAUGGGACUGUCUUUUUCCUUUCUUUGUUAAGAAAAAAACAGAGGGAAGUUGUAUCCUUUAAGAGCUAUUAUAUUAAAAUGAUUUGAAUACAGAAAAGCAUUGAUUAGAAAAGAGUAACUUAAUAAAAAUGAAGUGUUUUUAA